UCGAUGAAAUAGACGCCACAACCCGCGUAGGGCGUACGGGAACUGCCAGUCUCACCUAACAGCAGCCUACUACCAGGUUGCGUUGUAUAUGAGCGUCAAGCGUCGAGGCUUUCCGCAGGGCAGCGUCGAGCAGUCAGCGCCAUCUUCUCUCGGACGAGUGAAUACUAGACCAUGUGCCUUUAAUUUCCUGCUUCUACAUCUACGUCACCUCCACAAUUCCUCACCUUCGGCAGGCUUGCUCCCCGUACGGCAGGCCAACGUGAACCAUGUCUACCAAUUCGACCCUGCAAGAGUUCAAUGAGCGCGCCAAAGCCGCAUGCGAACGCGAUGACACUUCUCUGAUGGAGCAAGCCUUUUCCAGUUACCCCGAUCCACCGGAUCGCUUCCGAUACAGUCUCCACCUCGCCAUCCAGAUCAAUGCAGAAAAGGUUCUGAUACAUCUCAUCGAGGAUCGGGGCUUAGAUGUCCAACACCUGCCGCCUACGGUCGUUGCGCGCGCAGGACGGUCCACGGCCAUACUGGAACUUCUGCUCGCGCACGGCUGGGACAUCAACUGGCGCCAUGUCUCUGAAUCAGGCCCGGAUGCGGAGCCCUACAUGUGGCACAUUGUGGGUGACGGAGACUUGGUGGCCUGGUGUCUUGAACAUGGCGCGACCCUAUCUCCAAUCCGCCAGGAGCGCCUGCAUCCCAACGUGUUGACCCAGUCUCAGUUAAGUUGCAGGCAAGUUCUAGAAUGUGCUGCGGCGAAAGGCAGCGUUGCGACAUUCGAGCUUCUGCGGUCCAAGGGGGCGCCGCUGGGCUGGCGUCCGCUCCACCUUGCUGUUCGGACUGCAGGGGUCGCACUGGAUCGAGCGGCGGAGGUGGAGGAACGCAUGGCCAUGGUGCGCCAUCUGAUCGAUGUGGUUGGUGUCGAAGUCAAUGCCCUCGACCAUCCCGUGGGCAAGAAGACGGCCGAUCGUCAAGGCACCCCCAUCGUGUACGUUGCCGAAUUGAGUGGCCUGAAAAACCUACGGGAGCUUACCUGGCUGCUGUUGGAUCGAGGUGCGGAUCCCGCUCCAGGACUUGAGGAAGCAAGAGAAUCAGACCAUGUGGCCUUUGUAGAGGACGUCGAUGCGUGGAAAGCGCAACAUCGCAACGCUGGAAAGAGCUGGUUGAUCAUGGCAAAGGCAAGGAUAUUUGGUCAGUAACACAAACUACACAGACUCAAUACAACAAAGCCUGGGUGGACUCUUGGCCCCGGAAUCGGCGAUCUCGUCCACGGUGCGCUCCGUCGUAUUCUGGUCCUAUGCCACUGACUUCUCACGGAGGUAUGGUCAUCUACAGAUAAGCCAGUCCUCGUGUACUGCACCUAGGGUUUGCUGGGAUUUUGAUGACCUCAAGCGUAGCAGCUGCCACAACGCGAUUGCGGCUUCCAUCUGUGACUUGCAGCGC